UGAGAGCUGCUGGCAAAGCUUAAGUCCAGGCGUGCUGAGAGGAGAGAGAGAGAGAGAGAGAAAGAGAAAGAGGAAAACAGAAGCUGGUGGGGAGAGGAAUAGCAGAAACAAGACCAGAGACGACUGAAUUGGACAACUUCUGAGACACUUGUUAUUAGUAUAUAUCUGACACGGAGCUUCCUCUUUAUCUGGAUAACGAGUUCCAGCUCCAGACGGCUCCACACUCUGCUGCUGCUGCUGAGGACAUCUCCAUCCACUCUGCCGUCCACUCUGAAGCAUGCACUGGCAUCCUGGCCACCCCCGCCGCUGAUGCAGGUGGUCAGCAUGAUCUCCCAGUACCCUCUGGCCACCCUGCUGCCCUGGCCCGCCAGCCCCCAGAGCCACCACGGCCCUGACCUGGAAUGCACCUUACUGCUGGAGGGGGAGGGAGGUGUCGCCCUGCAGAGGUACCAGCCUCGCUACCCGGAGAGCAGCCCCCACCACUGGAGCUCGGUGCAGGACUGGGGGGAGGAAGUUGAGGAAGGAGCCAUCUACAACGUGACACUGAAGAGGGUUCAGAUUCAGCAGGCGGCCAACAAGGGAGCGAGAUGGCUGGGGGCGGAGGGCGAUCGCCUACCUCCCGGCCACACGGUGAGCCAGCUGGAGACCUGCAAAAUCAGAAGCAUCCGUGCCGGAACUCUGGAGCGCCUGGUGGAGACGUUAUUGACGGCAUUCGGAGACAAUGACCUCACCUACACCUCCAUCUUCCUCUCCACCUACAGAGCCUUUGCCAGCACGCAGACUGUCCUGCAGCUUCUGCUGGACCGGUAUGGAAGUGUGGAGGAAAAUGGGCAGGAUGGAGACACAUGUUAUAGCUCUGAAAGCAACAGAGCCAUCAGAAAUGCUUUGGCUUCUAUCCUGCGUGCCUGGCUGGAUCAGUGUCCUGAAGACUUCCAGGAGCCUCCAGACUACCCGUGCCUCCACAGGCUGAUGGGGUACCUGCGCAGGGCUCUGCCGGGCUCUGAGGCUCUGAGACGGGCGGAGGGUCUGCUGGAGCAGCUGCGGGGUCAGGCCAGCGUCGAUGAGACUGAAGCUGGUUUUCACGGCAACAGUUCUUUCUGCCUCGGGGAAGAGGAGGAAGUGGAGAUUGAGGUCCAAGAGGACUUCCUGUCGUUUGAGGCGGACCUGGUGGCUGAGCAGUUGACCUACAUGGAUGCGCUGCUGUUUAAAAAGGUUGUACCCCACCACUGCCUGGGCUCCAUCUGGUCUCAGAGGGACAAGAAGGACAACAAGCACAGCGCCCCCACCAUCCGGGCCACCAUCACUCAGUUCAACGCCGUGGCGGCCUGCGUGGUCAGGACGGUGCUGAGGCACCGGCAGCUCAGGCCACACGUCAGGGCGCGGGUCAUACAGCGCUGGAUCGACAUUGCUCAGGAGUGUCGAAUACGCAAAAACUUUUCAUCCCUGCGAGCCAUCGUGUCGGCGCUGCAGUCCAAUUCCUUGUACAGACUGAAAAGAGUUUGGGCCUGUGUGCACAAAGACAGCAUGCAGACAUUUGAGGAGCUCUCGGACAUCUUCUCUGACCACAACAACUACCUGACCAGCAGAGAGCUUCUCAUGAGGGAAGGUACUUCAAAGUUUGCCAGUCUGGAGAGUUGUGCCAAGGAGCACCAGAAACGGACCCACAAGAGAUUACAGCUGCAGAAAGAAAUGGGAGCGAUGCAAGGAACGAUACCGUACCUGGGGACCUUUCUUACCGACCUGACCAUGCUGGACACGGCCUUGCCUGACUUUGUGGAGGGCGGUCUGAUUAAUUUUGAGAAGAGACGCAGGGAGUUUGAGGUGAUAGCUCAGAUCAAGCUGCUCCAGUCGGCCUGCAACAGCUACUGCCUGACGGGGGACCCGGCUUUCCUCCACUGGUUUAAGAGCCAGCCUCAGCUCAGCGAAGAGGAGAGCUACGCCUUGUCUUGUGAGAUUGAAGGCCUUGGCGACAGCAGCCCGACUUCACCCAAACCCCGAAAAAGCAUGGUGAAGCGACUCAGCCUGCUGUUUCUUGGCACCGACAGUAAUGCCACCAGUUCCCCGGUCAGGGAGACGCCUCGCUCGCCUCCUACUGGCAGCUCGGGGGAGAGCAUGGACUCGGUCAGCGUGUCGUCCAGCGACUCCAGCAGCCCGUCAGACAGCGAGGGACUCGCCACCCCAACGCACACCUCCGAGUCCCAUCAAAACAAGCUGUCAGAAUCCUCCUCCUGUACUUCACUCCACUCCAUGGACACUAACUCCUCGACAGCCAGUGUCUCCGUGACUCCUGCUUCUCCCCCGCUCCCCGGACCCUCCUCCUGCACCCACAGACGCUGCAUCUCCCUCACGCCCAUGUCCCCCAGCUCCCCGUGCCAGAGCCCGGCCUACAACACCCAAGCGCAAGACGCGUGCAUCAUCAGAGUCAGCCUGGAGCACGGCAACGGGAACCUGUACAAGAGCAUUCUGUUAACUAAUCAAGACAAGACCCCGGCUGUGAUUUCGAGAGCCAUGGCGAAGCACAACCUGGAGGUGGAGCCGGAGGACGGAUACGAGCUGGUGCAGGUCAUCUCUGAGGAGAAAGAGUUGGUGAUUCCUGACAACGCUAAUGUCUUUUAUGCCAUGAACACGUCGGCGAACUAUGACUUCCUGCUGCGCGUGCGGGGCUCAGCGGGUCGGCCGGUCCAGCUGCGUAGCCGCUGCAGCUCCACUCUCCCUCGGGCCCAGCAUCGCUCCAGCCUCUCCCUCAGACUCAGUAAGGUCACUCUGUGACCCGUCAGUGUCUCAAAACACCGCCAGGCCAGGCCAGCGUUGUGCAAACCACAGUGAUGGAUGGAUUUAGAAAAAAAUUAAAAUAAGAAAUAAAAACAGGAGCUCUGGAUGAUUCAAUGUGAAACCGCUGCAUUUUAACGAGCUCCGGGACUCUGUGACUCGAACAUUUGGUCCUCGUGGUGAACUGUGCCAUGAACUGCUCGGCGUGAGCGUGGAACAUGGACGUGUAGUGUGCCUGCUGUGCUGGUGGGACCGAACAGUGAACUCUCGGUGCAUGUGACGGUGCACCACAGCGACCCCAAGUGGCCUCCAGUUUUUACAGCAUCUUUUCUUCUUCUUUUUUUUUUUUUUUUUUUUGCACAUGUGGGAGCAGCCAGACUCCUGACCUCCAACAGUAUUCUGAUGUUGAAUGAUUUCCUUUCUGUCCUGUGGUGUCUCUGUAGCUAAAGCUUUACUUUUCUCAUAACAGAAGAGUGACGAAUGCAGAAAUAGAAGACAAGCGGACUGAGUGUUCAGUCCUGUUGGCAUUGUGAAUGAAUGAAUGAAUGGAUGGAUGAAUGAAUGAAUGCUUGACUGAAUGAAUGGAUGGAUGGAUAGAUGGAUGGACCUCUAACAGUAUUCUGAAUGAUAUAAAAUGAUUGACAGGAGCUGUGAUGUCAGUAUUUUUCCCAGUCAGGCAUCUUUACCAGCCCCUGUCUGGCUUGUGCACAGUGUGUGCAGCGUUGUGUGUUUGUGUGUGUUCUACCUUCGUCAUAUUGGGAGCUGCGUGACGAAUGCAGACCUAAGUGCAUUCUGACUGGUUCCAGUACUUGGUUUUAUCAAGUCCUCUCCAAAUAUUGAAAUGGCCUUACCUACCCUAACUGUAGGGUGUAGAGAUGCAGCUCCUGUGGCUUUCUUUCUCGCUUAGAAAGGUUUUCCUUUGCUUUUCCAGUGAUGGAAGAACAAGAACAGAAGUAAUGAGUAAUGAAAUAGAAAGCAUUAUUCAAAGUUGUCCCAGACUGAUGCCUUUUUGUACCUCUUUACCUUUCAUUAUAUGAACUUUAGCGUUGCACUUGUAAGUUGGCAAGAGAUGCCAAUGGGAGGAUAUGAAGAUGGAAAAUGAACAAACUGCUCUGUAAGUGGUAUUGUUUUACUCCCUCUUCUUCAUGAAACAAGUUACUAUUUUAUUUUUUAAUUGUUGCUUCAUAUAUAUAUAUAUAUAUAUAUAUAUAUAUAUAUAUAUAUAUAUAUAUAUAUAUAUAUAUAUAUAUUUGUGACACUGUUCAAGCCAGAAGUGUAUUCCCGUAUUUGGUGUGAUAAGAGGAUGGUUAACAUAAUUGUAAGCGCCAGAUCUGACUGUGGUAGAUUUGGAGAUGCUUUAUUUCAGUCUACCCUCAAAAGCAGCAUCCAUUUGUUUUCACUCCUUCAACACACUUGUUUUCACUCCACUUUCAUUCAUGUGCUCCUUUGUGGUCAUGGUUGUGAAUACAUAGCAGUCCAAACUGUUUAUGUUCUCUGGUUCUGUUACUCUCAGACAACGCUCAACUCUUUUGGACUAUUAAUGGGCCAGUUGUCGCAGUCAUUGCCUCUUCAUUCAGCACUUCCUCAUCCUCAUUUGUUCUCUACUGCCAAAGACUCCUCCUCCAAAUGAAUAAAUAAAUUAUUAUCAUUAUUAUGA